AUGCGUUUCUUACAUACUAUGUUGAGAGUUGGUGAUCUCGAUCGUUCUAUCGACUUUUAUACCAAUAUAUUGGGUAUGAAAUUGUUGAGAAAGAGUGAAAAUGCAGAGUACAAGUAUACAUUGGCAUUCAUUGGUUACGAGGAUGAGUCUGUCGGUACUGUACUUGAACUGACUUAUAAUUGGGGUGUUACAAGCUACGAUCUCGGUGGUGCAUUUGGUCAUAUCGCUAUUGGUGCAGAUAACAUCUCUGAAGUCGUAGAAAAGGUUAGAUCUGCAGGUGGUAAAGUCACACGUGAAGUUGGUCCAGUUAAAGGUGGAACUACCGUAAUUGCAUUCGUAGAAGAUCCAGAUGGAUACAAAAUCGAAUUAAUCGAAAAUAAAUUCAUUGGAAAAGGAUUAGGAAAUUAA